AUGUCCACGUGCCAGACGACGCAGCAUCGUCUGCCUGAAGACGCCGGCAACAACACGGCGGCAGCAUUAGGCGCGGGCGGCGACGGCCUCGGCAGCAAUGAGAGCACCGCGCUGCAGGACGACCUCGUCAUUCUCACUGGAGAUCGCGAUCAGACCGAUCUUAUUGCAUUUCACCUGGAGGAAAAGGGAGGAAGCGGUUUGAACUUUCCACACAAGGCAACAGCUGCCAUUGCGGAUGAGAAGCUUUUUUUGCACGAUGGGACGAGUGAAAACGACUCCGCGACGGAGCCGAUUGCCUCGACGGCUGCCGCUCAUUGCCGGAAGCGCAACUGCUUCUCACCAAUUCUUGACUUUGUUGAGGUGCUGAUCCCCUACGGCGGGUUACUGUCCAAUGUCUUCUCUCUCGGCUCCGUGACCCUCGGUGGUGGGAUUAUCUCGAUGCCGUCGUCCUUCCAGACGAGUGGCAUUCUCAUGGCGGUGAUCUAUUUGUUGGUCAUCAACGUCAUCACGAUCUACACCAUCGUGCUGAUGGGCUAUGCCAUCAAGAUCACCGGAUUUCGAAACUACGAGGAGAUGGCGCUCGGGCUGUUUGGGCGCGGCUGGGACUACUUUGUCGGCUUCAUUGUGUGGCUCUCGUGUUUUGGCACGGCCGUCGCGUACAUCAGUGCGGUGACGUCUCUGCUCCUCCCUAUCCUUGAGCACGCCCCGCACACGCCCGAGUACCUCAAGACAGACAGCGGCCAGAAAUUGCUCACGUCGAUGGUGUGGCUUGGUCUGAUGCUGCCCGUGGUCAUCCCAAAGCGCGUGAACAGCGUCCGUUACGUUUCGGCGAUUGGCGUGUCCUUUGUGCUUUACUUUGUCGUGUGCGUGGUCGUGCACAGCUGCAUGAACGGUGUAAAGCUCGGCAUGCGGGGAAACAUGCGUUACUUCACGUCCGGCAACGAGGCGAUCUAUGGCCUCAGCAUCUUUGUCUUCUCCUUCCUGUCGCAGUGCAUCACGUACCCGGUGUAUUUAGAGCAGCGACCGAAGCCCUCCAUCAAGCAGCUCACAAUCGCCGCCGCACUGUCCAUGUCGAUCUGCAUGGUCUUCUACAUCUUUGUUGGCGUUUUUGGUUACUUUGACUUUGCCGAUGACACCAAGGCCGCCGUCCUCGAGAACUUUGACCCGGUGCACCAGCCCUACAUCAUGGUGGCCUACGUCGGCAUGCUCAUCAAGAUUUGCGCCGCCUACUCAAUGAACAUGAUCCCCUGCCGCGAUUUUGUCUACUACUGUCUGAAAUGGGACCUCGACACAAAUCCGUACUGGAAGCACAUUAUUGCCAUCACCAUCAUGGCCCUUGUCACCCUCAUCUGCGGCCUCUUCAUCCCCUCCAUCAACCUCGCGCUUGGACUUGUGGGCAGUCUCUGCGGCGGCUUCAUCGGCUUUAUUUUUCCCGUUUUGUUUUGGAUGUACUGUGGCAACUGGAGCCUCCGCACGGUGGGCAUUUGGCACUAUUUGGCCUGUUAUUUCUGCAUCAUUGGUGGCGUCAUUGCGAUUGUUUGGGGGACCAUUGCGACGAUCUAUUCCAGUUUUUUUGACGUGUAA